GAAUUAACACAAAUAAACAUGGAGAAUUUACUUUAACUGAUUAGUGUACAUAAAAUUUACACUAUAUUAACGAACACAGUGAGCAAGAAAAUUUUCAGGGUCAUCAUGACUUUCAUUAAAAAACAUAUCUCACUUUUGCGAUAAUCGAAAAAUAUAGAUAACAGGUGUACCAUUAACCAUUGCACUAUAAAUAGUCCGGUGACCUUCGGUUUUGAUCACACGGUGGAAAUAUUACUUAAACAUUGUGACAGUUCGUAAAAUGUUGGUACUUCUCGCCUUCCUCACGCUCCUCACUUUAGGUGUUUCCGGUGAGAAACUCCCCCUAGUGAAAACACCUCUUGGGGAGAUUCGCGGCCACCACAAAGUUUCCUUCGAAGGUAGAAAAUUUUCGGCAUUUGAAGGCAUCCCUUUUGCUAAACCACCAAUUGGAGAGCGACGUUUUGAGGAACCUGAACCCGUUGAUCCUUGGAGUGGUGUCUGGAAUGCCACCUCGUUAUUCCAAUGUGCCCAAACUAGUAUGAUUAAUCCUAGUGAAAUAACAGGCGAUGAAGACUGUCUCUAUAUUAAUGUUUUUGUACCCCGUGAGAGUCCAAAUCCUGACGAAAACCUAGAUGUCGUCGUACACAUCCAUGGAGGGGCAUAUUUGUAUGGCAGUGGUAACGCCUACUCCCCCCCGACCCAUUUGAUGGAUCGGGACGUAAUCUACGUCAACUUUAACUAUCGUUUGGGAAUUUUGGGUUUCUUAAGUACCGAAGACGAUGUAGUACCUGGAAACACCGGUCUUAAAGACCAAACACUGGCUUUGAAGUGGGUUCGAGACAAUAUAGCUAGUUUUGGCGGAAACCCAAACUCUGUAACAAUCAAUGGAUUGUCAGCUGGAGGUUCAAGUGUCCAUUUGCACUACUUUUCUAAGCUUUCGAGAGGUUUGUUCCAUCGAGGGUUUGCUCAGAGCGGUCUCGCUUUGAACCCGUUUUCCGUCCAAGAACACCCUUUGAUGAGGGCUAAGAAACUAUCUGAUGCAGUGGGAUGUCCUACGACUUCCACUCGAGUAAUGGUUGAUUGUUUGAAGCAGCGACCCUACCGACAUCUCUUAGACAAACUUUCGUUGUUUUUUAACUAUAAAUUCAUGCCUUGCGUCCCGUUUGGACCUGUCAUUGAAAAAGGAGGCCCGAAUCCCUUUUUAAGUGCAGAUCCGUACUACUUACUGAAGAAUGGGGACGUAUACGACGUACCGUGGAUUGCGUCUAUGGCAGUCCAUGAAGGGUUCUUCCCUGUAAUGUUCUUCAUGGAAGAUCUAGACAAUAUUGAUGCCCAUUGGGAAGACUGGGCUCCAGCUUUCUUAGAAUUUAAUUACACUUUACCGUCGUCGUUGUGGAAAAGUACUGCCAGAAAAAUCAAAGAACAUUACCUUGGUGACGAACACAUCAAUAAAGAAAAUGUACUAAAAUUGAUCCAGAUUUUUAGCGAUCGGUUUUUCCUCAAUGAAGCAGAAACGGCAGUACGUAUGCAAGCCAAAGUGAACAAAUCUCCAGUCUAUUAUUACCUGUUCGGCUAUCCGGGAGACAACAACGAGCAAAAAAUUGUUGGUCAUGGUGCCGACAUUAAGUACUUCUUCGGACCAACGUACAUGCCCAUACCUUUAACUCCCGACGAACACAAAAUGAAAGACGUACUUCUGGAUAUGUUAGUAGCGUUUGCAAAAACUGGCAAACCUACUUUGGGUGGUGUAGACUGGAAACCCACGGGUUAUAACGAGCUGACAUAUCUUGAAGUAAAUGGGUUUGAACCUGGCGAUAUUCAGCUCAAAACCACCGACGAACUAGCGACUAGUAAAAGCUUUUGGAAGUCCUUGAACUUUAAAGAGGGCGAAAAUUUGAUUUCUGGUAAAGACGAACUGUAAUUUGGAUUAUUUUUCACGUUAUUACAUUUUGUAAAUGUUUUACGAUUUUGUUACGAAUAAAUUUGUGGCAGUACUCCGUUACGUACCAAA